CAGUGUUCUGCCGGUCAGUGAACCAAGUUCACGGUCAUUGACCAGAUUGCGUGGGAAAGCUGGCGAACUUCGUCGACGUUCAUCUGAACACGACUUUCAGGAGUUUCCUGGUCCUACUGUAACGAACUAUACUAUAUAUAGAUGCAUGGUUUUCGUGUGUUCAGUUCAAGGGUACGUUUUAAGGCUUAGAACUCGAAGAUGGACUCCCGACUUUUGACACACCAUGAAGAUCGGCAAGAGAUCAAACCAAGGAUGGUGGUGGGAUCACUUCGUGGAGCACCCAGGUUAUGCUGUCAAAGACCCAGCUUCGAUGGCAAAGGUAGUGUGUGCAAGGCUCUAUGAGCAACGUGUUGCGCAUGAGCAGGCAAUGGAUGAGCAGCAGGGACGAAGUGGAAUAGCAGGCACUCUUUGGGCUAGUGGCCCGAAUGAUCCCCAACGCACCUGCUGGAAUACAAAAUGGCGCAAUCGGCUCUCAACUGAGACACUCACCCUUCUGGCAGAACUCAAGAUGUAUGUUCACGAAGAGCAUGUACGCAACAAUGUGGUCAAGAAGUGGCUUCAACGCCGGUACUGUGACACCGAGGCCACUGACAAAGCAGAGCCUACUCAAGUAGUUCAUGCAGUUGGCGACAAUCUAUCAGGAGAAAGCAGUGAACGGGAGCCACGCAGCCUCGCUUUCGAGAGGCGAGGGAUAAGUGAUGUUGCAGCAGACCUUAUCCGAGCUGUUCAGGAGGAGGAGAUUUCCACCACAGAAUCAAUGCACUCAGUCCCCAUUGGUGCUGCCGGUGCCGGUGGUUCAUUCUCCCGCAUUGCUAUCAGUGACUUACUCAACUAUUCUCGUGCGGAGGAAUGGUUUGGAUCUUUUUAUAAAGUCGCUAUUCGAGGUUUGGAUGCUGAGCUUGAGUUAUAUGAGCUUCUUGACUUAGAUGCCGAGGGAAUUGAUGAUCCAGACUUUCCUCAAGUUGAUGAUGUUCUUGACGAGUAG